AUGGUGGGAAUAGAUCUAUUCCACUUCAAAGGUCAAGAAUACCUUCUCAUGGUGGGCUAUACGUCCAGGUUUCCAGAGGUGCUGGCUCUUAACAACACAUCUGCAGAGGCGGUGGUCAACGCGUGCAAGAGCGUUUUCGCACGGUUCGGAAUCCCAGAAGUGGUCCGAAGUGAUAACGGCUCACAGUUUGGUUCAAGAGAAUUCCGUAGCUUUGCGUGCGCUUAUGGAUUUGAACAUAUUACCAGCAGUCCUCGAUACCCGCAAUCUAACGGGGAGGUGGAACGCAUGGUUAGGACAGUGAAACACUUGAUGUGGAAAUCCAGUGACCCCUUUCUGGCGUUAAUGGUUCACAGGGACACAGCAGGCGCCAAUGGAUUCAGUCCAGCUCAAGUGCUGAUGAGCCGAAAGUUGAGAACGCGUUUGCCCACACUACAAAACAAGCUUCGUCCUAGAUGGCCACCAUGGAGAAGGUGGAAACAGUCUGAGAAGAGAUGUAAGCAGCGGCAGUCGGAGGACUACAAUCGCCGGCACCGAGUGCGAUCACUUCGGCCCUUAGGACCUGGACAAGUAGUCUGGGUGACAGACAUUAAACGCAGUGGAACGGUCCUGAGCCCUGCGCACCGACCUCGUUCGUAUUCAGUGGUAAUAGACAGCGGAGUGAUAGAGAGAAAUCGGCGGCAUUUGGUUGCCUACGAGACAGAUGAGGAACAAGCGUCUCUGAGCUCUUCAAGUGCUGGUGUGACAGAGGACCGAUUUUUGCCGCCUGUAGCAACAGCUGGGGAGGAGGAAAGUAGUCAACACAAUAACGGUGACAACGAGCGAAUGUUUCACUCCCGAGGUACACCAGUUGGACGAGAGGAAGGCACCAGGCCGGUGAGAGUCUCAAGGUUUGGUCGAGUGAUAAGGACCCCGCGACGCUUUAAUUUGUAA